AUGGACGGUGCACAAGCAGGCAACGUUGACGGCAACUCCUUGCUAAAAGCCGUCUACCUAAGCCGACUCCGUCUUACACGUCUGCUUCUGGAAGGCGGGGCUUACAUAAACGAGAGUAAUGAGCGUGGGGAAACGCCCCUGAUGGUCGCCUGCCAAAGCCGACAUAUGGACCACCAAAGCGUUUCGAAGGCUAAAAUGGUUGGAUAUCUGCUCGAGAGUGGCGCUGACCCAAACAUCCAGGACAAGAGCGGGAAGACGGCUCUAAUGCAUGCCUGUUUGGAGCAAGCUGGUUCCGAAGUGGUGUCAUUGCUUUUGGGUAGCGGUGCAGAUCCGUGUCUGGAAGACCGCGCUGGCAAUUCUGCUUUGAUACACGCCAUCAACUCCAGCGAUGAAGAAACACUUAAAAUGUUGAUGAAUGCCUGCAAGGCCAAAGGAAAAGAAGUUAUCAUCAUCACUCCUGAUAAACUAGCAUGUGGAAGGCAAACGGCGAAGCAGCAUCUAUCCAUUCCUCCACUUGCAACGGUGGAACAAUGGGACAAGCAGCAUUCCUCAACUGGUCCCUGUGCCUCUCCAUCUGAUAUACUUCUCAGUACAUCACCACAGGAGACCCUUUCUUCCAUCCUUACAGAGCAUAAGUUUUCCUUCCAGGACCUUCAAAGCAUAACGAAUUCUCAGCCAACAUCUCCUUCCCGCCAGGCAUCUCUGGUACAUAGUCGCCUGAACAAGCUCCAUCAUCUUCAAAGACUACACUCCGAGCCAUGGUUGACGAUCCCCCAGUGUUUCCUGGUCCAACAGCUUGGAAAAAGUACCACUCCUACGGAGGAACCUUCUGACAUUACACCUGAAGAGGAGAUGACUUUCAGAAUGAACAGAAUGGCUUUCGGUAAUACGCCACUCUCGAGACAUUGCAGUGUUGAUCUGAAAGAAGCCAACUGUUUGAGUCAAGCUCUAAGCCACGAGAUAAACUCCAACAACGGUAAAGGGUUAAGACCAGAAGGUGUACCGUAUCGAAAUAUGUCCUUUGAGAGCUUAUCUUCCUUGCACUCUCUUUCCCAUCCCAAUCUUCACUGCAAAAGCAGUGCUGAAGCUUUACCAGCGGAAAAGGAUCCCAGCAGGUUCCUGCCAAACCUGGCAGUGUCUAGUCUCCGAAAUAUAAUCCAGAGAAAGAAACUAGGAAUGGAUCACUACAGCUCAGAUUCCCAACUUUCAGUGACCCUUGCCAACUCUUCAGAAGACCAUAAAGGACAGGUGGAGAAGAGGAAGCUUGGCAAGUCUCGUUCUCCUACUUUGGUAGGGUCAAGAGAGUCUCUUGAGAAUGCAUCAUUGGCGCACCUGCACAUGAGAAACACAAUCAGCUAUGAGCGUCGCGGUUCCGGGGCGCUUCUGGAACCCAUCUCCCAUCCUCGAGCUGGCUUCCUUCCUCCAUUGAACCAGCAUGCCCCAAUCCCAAACAUUACUGGAACCGGCAAUUCAAGUGGCAUCAACAAAGCAGUUUGUGGCGUGGUGGCAGGGACAAAGCCCUGCAUUCCCUCGGCUCCUGCGGGUUUUCCCAAGGAUCUCAAGACCAGAAGGAUGCUGUUGAGAAGGCACUCCAUGCAAACGGAGCAGCUCAAACGACCUGGAGACUUUACAGAACUCUUUGGUCACUGA